AUUGUGUCCAUGGAAAUCGUUCUGGUUUGCCUAUUCGUAUAGUAAUAUCAUGCCAUGUAUCGGGUAUGUGAGUUUAAACGUUCAGAAACGUGUAAAUGGAAAAUUAACCUUUUAGAGGAAGUUCAUGGAUAUGAAAGUGAAAAUGUUUCUGUCUUUACUUCAAAAGUCUAAGAAGUUGUUGGGUGUCAACGAUCAAAGCCCAGCACCUGAGAGUGAAAUAUUUCCACACAGUGUUGAACACGCAAGGAAAACUCCAAACAUAGAUUGUCUUUCGACACUAUCUGAAGAAGAACUUUUAAAAAAGAACGAAGAUCUUAAGGAAACAAUAUAUGAAUAUAUUAGGAACAUCCGGGAUCCUGAGAAACCUGCCACACUAGAAGAUCUCAGUGUAGUUUAUGAAGAUGGUGUAAUGAUCAGAGCUUCAACGGAUGAUGGUGUACAUGUUGUGCGCAUUGAGUUUAACCCCACGGUUCCGCACUGUUCCUUGGCUACCCUCAUAGGCCUCUGCAUACGAAUAAAACUGGAAAGAAAUCUAUUUGAGAAAUUUAAAUUGGACAUAUUUAUUAGGAAGGGAACCCAUUCUACAGAAGAAGAGAUCAAUAAACAGAUCAAUGAUAAAGAAAGAAUAGCAGCUGCAAUGGAAAACCCAGACUUGCGAGAUUUGGUUGAAGGGUGCAUCCAGGAUGGAGAUUAAUGACAUCGAUUGUAAAUAAUUGUAGCCUAAUUAGUGGAAUUCACACUAUGGAACAUGGGCUUUUUAUUUGUAUAUAGCUACUCAUGGUUAAACAUUAAAACUUUAUUCACAUGUGUUGUAACAGUGGAUUAUGUUAUGGAAUAAAUAUACCCAACUAGUAUUCUGUUGUUAA